AUGGAAGAUGAAGUGCACGAAGAUGUUAGAGGAGGUGCUGGAAAUCAAACUGGGCAAGAGAGGAGAGUCUUGGGCUCCUACAUCAACCCAAAUCCAGGAAACUGUGGCAACAGCAUCCUCAAGCCAACAAUCCAUGCCAACAAUUUUGAGUUGAAACCUCAACUCAUCACAGUAGUCCAGAAUAACUGUUCAUAUGGAGGAGGUGCUCAAGAAGAUCCAAAUCAACAUCUUAACACAUUCUUGAGGAUAUGCGAUACUGUAAAGUCCAAUGGUGUACACCCUGACACCUAUAAACUACUUCUGUUCCCUUUCUCGCUCAGAGAUAAGGCAACAAAGUGGUUAGAAUCAUUCCCCAAGGAGAGCCUAACCACAUGGGAGGAUGUUGUAAACAAAUUUCUAGCAAGAUUUUACCCUCCACAGAGGAUCAACAGGCUAAGAGCUGAGGUGCAAACUUUCAGACAGCUAGAUGGUGAAACACUCUAUGAGGCCUGGGAGAGGUUCAAAGAUCUAACAAGAAAAUGCCCACCAGAUAUGUUUAAUGAGUGGGUGCAGCUCCACAUUUUCAAUGAAGGACUAAGAUAUGAAUCGAAGAAGGCUGUGGACCACUCUUCAGGGGGUUCACUCAACAAGAAGAAGACCAUUGAGGAAGCCAUAGAUGUCAUUAAAACUGUAGCUAAGAAUGACUACUUCUAUACUUCAGAAAGAAGCCAAAAGAAGGGUGUGCUGGAACUCAAUUCUAUGAAUGCCCUGUUGGCACAAAACAAGGCAAUUGCAGCACAAUUGGCAUCAUUAACCAAGAAAAUGGAAAAUAAUCAAGUUGCAGUUGUCCAAACUCAAGCACCACCCCAAAAAGAAAAUGAACCAGAAGUUGAAUGUGAGCAAGCAAACUAUGUGCAUAAUCCCUCUCGACCACCAUAUGACACUAACUCCAAGACAUAUAACCCAGGAUGGAAGAACCACCCAAAUUUUGGGUGA